GUCGCUACUGCUUUUCAUCCGUGUGAAAAAUGUUAUCCGCUAUUUGGCGUCGCAGUUGUUGCCAGUAAUUUUACCCCCACAACAAGCAUAUUUCAGAGAGUCGGACGCUUGGAAAGAUUUGAAAAGGUCAUCAACCAUGAUCUGAAGUGUUGAAGUCAUGUCUCAGUCUGAAUCCUGUGCGACUGUGUGGGACUGGUUAUGUGUGCUUCGUCUGGAGCAGUAUUCUGAGGCAUUUCAGAGCGCCGGGCUGGUAACGUUACAGCAAUGCCGCAACCUCACACCAGAUCACCUGGAGCAGAUGGGAAUCACCCUGUCGGGUCACCGGAGACGAAUCCUGGCUAGCCUGAACAAAACGCAUGGCAGUGGUGACACACACUGUCAGCUUGUACAGUCUGAGAAAGAUCAGAGAUUGGAGGAAACAGGACAUACCAAAGUGCUGCAGAGAGAGAGGCCUGUGCCCAUCCCAGUGGAGGCAAAACCCAUCCUUAAGGAAAGGGAGAAAAGAAAUGGAGAGACAGCGAGACCUACGCCGAGGGAAAGAGAGAAACCAGUCCCCAGGGAGAGACAAGUAUCCAGGAUGAAAGAGGAAAUUGGAGAUGGAGGAGAAAAGAAGCCAGUCCCUGGACAAAGGCAAACACCACCUAGAGGUGGAAAAGAGGAUGAGAGGGAUGGAGGAAUAGAUGGAGAGAGGCAGAGACCUGUGCCUAAAGAGAGGACUAAGUAUCGCCCGACUGCUCCAGUGGACUGUCACCCCAGCCCUCUUGUCUCUCCAGCUUCUGACACCUCUUUACCCCCUGUUCCCCCUCGAAGCACCCCCAACUGCCCUCCACAGCGCUUCACCUCUCCCCGGAGCCCCUCACCUCCUGCUCAAACUUGUAAACAGGACAGACAUGCAGUUAAAGCCCUGGCUGUACAGAGCAUAUCCGUGUCCCAGAGUUCCACCCCCACCAUCACCCCUACCCAUACCCCCACGCAUUCACCUCUCCACCCUCCAAACUUCCCCUCCACCCAAACGCGGCCACAGACAUUAGCCAUUCAGCCACCACAUUUGGGUAGUGAUGGAGGAAGGAAAAGCUCACCUGUCACCCCCAUUGCCUCCCCUGGCGAUGACAGAAAUGCUCCACCUCUCCCUCCAAAAGUAGGGUUAGUACUUAAAGGCCCUCCACCAAUCCCACAGCGGUUUCCUGCACAGUCUCCCAGAACUCACAGCCCCUCCCCCACCAAGACGGUCACUGAGGAGCUGCAGAAAGACCAAACUCCACAGGUCCCACCUCGCAUCAGGCCACCCCAAACUCUUGAAAACGCUCAACAGUCACCUCAACCUGACACUCACCCGACUCUGCCCUUGAAGAGGGUUUCCCAACCUCCCCUUGAGUCCAGGUCGGAUUCACUCGAUGAUAGUUCUGAUGACUACGAGGAUCCAGACUUGUUUUACCCUGGUGUCCGUCAAAUGAACACACCAGACAGGGAUAUGUCCCUGCAAGUGCCCAGACAGCCAAAGGGAUGGAGCAGUUCUUUGUGCAGUGACGAAGAGUUGUUGGAUGAUGAUGACCCUGCCCUUUGGCAGGACGAGGGCCUCAGUAACCUGCAAGGCAGUGUCUACCUGCCAGACUCUGGCAGACUGUCGGUAGCCGCUAAAGAAGACAACUCUCAGCUCAUUGCUGUCAUUAAGAUGGGCUGGCUGGACAAGAAUCCACCUCAGGGGGCUCUUUAUUAUCAGAGACGAUGGGUGAAGCUGGAUGUUGACUACCUAAGAUACUUUGACAAUGAGAAGGAGGUGUACUCAAAGGGGAUCAUCUCCACUGCCUUCAUCACAAACGUGUCCUGUGCGGGAGAGCUGAAGUUUGAGGUCGUCACAAACAACCGAACAUUUAUCUUCAGGGCUGAAAGUGAAGCUGAGAGAAACGACUGGGUGACUGUACUGCAGGACUGCACCAGGGGGCGCCAUCCACACAGCACCACAAGUUUUAGGUCACCUUUGACCCCAGACUACCAGGGCUAUCUGGAACUCAGAGGGUUGCGCUCCAAACUAUAUACUGUUGUUGCCUCUGAUAAAGUCUUCCUCUACAAAAACAUGGAGGAUUAUCGUAUAGGAGUGGGCAUCACAUCUAUUGAGAUGAAUGUAGGAAAUGUGAAAGACACAGAUCGUCGUAGCUUUGAUCUCACCACACCAUACCGCAUAUUCAGUUUCAUCGCAGAGUCAGAGCAGCUGCGAGAGCAGUGGGUGGACGCCAUGCGGGAUGCGAUAGGUGAGGCCUUGUCGAAUAGGGAGGUGGCAGAGCGGAUCUGGGCGGAGCCUAGCAACAGUCUCUGUGCUGACUGCGGGGCCCCCAAGCCGGAAUGGGCUUCCAUCAACUUGUGUGUGGUGGUCUGCAAACGAUGUGCAGGAGAGCACAGAGGACUGGGUCCUAGCAUCUCAAAGGUUCGUAGUCUGAAGAUGGACAGGAAAGUCUGGACAGAAGAGCUAAUACAGCUGUUCCUGUUGAUGGGCAACGAGCGGGUAAACAGUUUCUGGGCAGCUCACAUCCCGCCAAGUGAAGAUUUGACACCCUCUAGCUGCAGUGAAAAGAGACGGUGCUUCAUCACCAACAAAUACCGCCAAGGCAAAUACAGGAAAUACCAUCCUCUAUAUGGAAACCAGGGAGAGCUCAACAGUGCUCUCUGUAUAAAUGUGCAGAGCAGUGAUGUGCUGGAGACAGUAAGACUGAUUUUCUGCGGCGCAGAUGUAAAUUGUUCAACUGGUAUGGCAAGUUGGCCUUCCCCUCUCUCCCUGGCCAACGCACACUCACAACCCUUACAGGCGGAGUUAAUUAGCCUUAAUCUAAACACAGAACUACCACGAUCGGUGGAGGGCGAGGCCAUGGAGGCAGUACAUUACACUGCACCACCUUGUGUAUCUCACAAUGGCUUCCUGUUCAAGACUGCAUCCAUGGCUCGGGCUGUCACAGAGCGCAAGGCUAGAGAGGAGUUCAGCCGUCGCUGGUGUACACUGAACGAUGGAACUUUCAGCUACUAUGAAAGUGACAGGAACUCGAACCCUAAUGGAGCCCUGAAGGCUUCAGUGAUAGUCUGUUUGGCUGUUGACACACCUGAGAAACAUGGGUAUGAACAUACCUUUGAACUCUACUCAGAGUCAGAGCGCCUCUAUCUGUUUGGCACUGAUGACCCAGACAGCCACAAGGAAUGGGUGAAGUCUAUUGCCAAGAACUUUAUUCCGGCCACUGCAGAGCCUUUACUGAGGCUGCCAUUUGAGCGGAUUGGACGGCUGAAGUGUAAAGACGGCUUGAACCUACAAACAUCCAAGGUUGGCUGGUUUGCUCUGGUGGGCUCCACCCUUCACGCCUACUUGGCGGAUAGCAAGGGAGAGGAGAUCCACCUCCGCAAGCUAAAUGAACUUUCAAUUCAACAAGACAAUGAGGUGCUGGUUCUGGUGGAGAGAGGCAGGACUCUGUACAUAGAGGGAGAGAGGAAGCUGGAUUUUGCCGGCUGGUGUGGGGCCAUCCAGGCGGCAGCAGGGAGCGGAGGAGACACACUGAGCCAGCAGCAGCUGACGGAGACAGACAUACCCAUCAUAGUACACAGCUGCAUCGACUUCAUCACACAGUGCGGCAUCCAGUCUGAGGGCAUCUAUCGUAAGAGCGGCGUGAACUCCCGCGUGGCAGCGCUGUGCGAGAGAUUCCGCCAUGAUGCUCGCAGUAUUUGUCUGAGGGAGGGAGUGCACCAGGUGGACGACGUCUCCAACACACUCAAACGCUUCUUCAGGGAAUUAGAAGAGGGACUGUUCACGUCAGAGGAUGCCAACGCCUGGCUCAGCACUGCUGCCAAUCAGGAUGAAAGUGUGAAAAUCUCCCAGUACCAGCUACUGGUGAAGAGACUGCCUCGUGUGAACAAGGCUACACUACAAGCCCUUAUCAACCACCUCUAUUGCGUGCAGUGUUUUUCUGAGUUGAACCAGAUGAACCUCCAUAACCUGGCCAUAGUGUUCGGUCCCACACUGUUCCAGGCCGAUGGGAAGGACUACACUGCUGGCCGCACCAUAGAGGAUCUCAUACAGCACUACAUACUCAUCUUUGAGGUUGAUGAGCAGCAGCUAAAGAAGCAGCUAGAAGUCAUUAGUUUUAUCAUCAAUCUACGAAGGAAAAACAACACAAUGUUUCCUAGCACUGAACCUGGGGGGCAUUUCAUCUGUACAGUGUAUGUGGAGGAUGGGAAGGACACAGCAGAGCAGCAUGUCAAGAUCCCUGGUUCAAUGACAGCAGCAGAGCUUUCCUGUGAGGUCCUGGACCGGCGUAACAUCACAGUUAAAGACAAAGAGUACUGGAGCUGCUGGGAGGUCAGCGACAAGGAGGAAAUGGAACGUCCACUGCACUAUCAGGAGCGAGUCUUACCCAUCCUUCACUCCUUUGGCACUGACUCCCAUCUGCUCAUCAAGAAGCACAUUGCUAUGGACGCCAUGAUCGUCUACUUGGCCAGUAAAGUGGAUGCAUCCAAACACGGGAUGAUGAAAUUCAGAGAAGAGCGAAGCAUCUUGGGAUUGGGACUGUCCUCUGGAAGUUUCCACGACCGAUAUUUCAUCCUCAACUCCACCUCUCUCAGAAUGUACAAGGAAAUCAGAAGUAACCGUCCAGAACGUGAGUGGCCAGCGAAAAACCUAAAGGUCUACCUGGGUAUUAAGAAGAAACUCCGUCCCCCCACAUGUUGGGGACUGACAGUGGUGUAUGAGAGUAAAAAGCAAGAGAAGCCAGAGAAACAGCAGUGGUAUCUCUGCUGUGACACCCAGUCAGAAAUGAGGGAGUGGUAUGCUACUUUUCUCAGUAUCAAGUACGAUGGCAACGUGUGGCCUCAGGACGGACUUCAGCAGAUGCGGGUGAGCCGUGCAUUGCCGGACACGCGUCAUGGUAACGUGUCUCUGAUACCGCUGCGUGGCAGCGAGAAUGAGAUGCGGAACAGCGUCGCAGCUUUCAGCCAAGACCCACUUGCUCUCUUUAGGGAUGUACGAUAAUGGUCGCUGAAUGUCAGCGGUCGGCCUCCGAUGACCUCGGAACAUUCCAGUGACAGCAUCAUCCUGUGACCGUGACGACCAGAAUGAUGGACACUCAUACUGUAGGUGGAUUAUGGCCUUACACUGCCAUCUGCUCCUUUUGAAAAUGAACUGAACAUGUAAACAGACAACAGGAUGACAUGAACCUCCACUGACUCAAUGCACAGUAGAAGCAGCUGAGAAUUAAAAAUGAAAGAGACACAGUUUGAUGGACCACAAUCACCCUGAAUAUUUCCUAACUUGCAUCCAGCUCCAUGUGUGACAAGUCUGCGCCCAGCUGCAUUGCAUUAUGGGACAGAGGCAUGAAAGACAUGCUGAGAGAAACCUUCUCUCCUCUUUAAUGUGUUUGUUUCAGAAAAGACUUUAUUAUUCUAGGCACUAGCAUCGAGUGCUUAGCAGUUUUUUUUUAAUAGAAGAUUGAAGUUUAUUGUCUUGCAGUUGUAGCUGAAUCUGGUUCAUAAUGUUGUUUUUGGCACUCUGUCUGUACUAAUGCGCAAAGAGUUGUUGGGAUAAUCAUGCAGUUCAAAAUUGCUCUUGUCAGCAAAGCUGAUGGCAUAGGAGACGGUGAUUUUCUCCAGAGUUUGUUCCAGAGGGACGAAGACCGGGACUGAGAGAAAAGCUAAGAAAUGACAGGUGAUGGAUCUGGUCUGUUACUCCACAGGACAUUUGCCAGUUCUGUGCAAAACCUCGGUCAGAGUCGCAUAUCUGUGCUCUUGUCUGCACAUGUGCACCAGUGUGCAUUCAGUAUGUGUAGGUAUGUUUGCGAGUGACCUGCUUUGACAUGCUUGUUGUAUGAAAUUGUGUGUUUUGAGGAGUGAAGGAAGGAGAGGCAUGUGCUGAAAAACACAUGACUUUUUUCCAGAUUAAAAGAAGAAUGCUGAGGGCUAAAUGACAUUUUGAAAUUGAAAUAGGUGGAAUAUGUGAUAUAAUAAGAGUUUGUAAUAAGUGUAAUAAGUGCUUGAUUUACUAUUGCCCCUUAUUGUGAAACAAAUAAAGUGUGCAUCAAGUAGGUCACAUGUCAAACCAUUUUCACUGAUUGAAAACAAUGAUUUUGCCCCAGCCUGAUUAGCAGUCUUGCCUGUCCCCCUGCGUUCCCUCUUCUUCCUGCUCUCACACAGUCACAGCACUGCCUCCUCUCUGUGCGUCUUUUUCAAGAGCCUGUGAUGCUCAGAGGUAAUAUACAGCACAUGGGCAGUUUUGUUAUUAACCAACAGUAUUUAUGAAGUUUUAGAUUAUGAAUGAGUCACAUGGGACUAAAGGUUUUGUUUUUUUUUGUUUGUUAUGCACAACAUAGUCUUUACAACAGUAUAUUGUUACAGUUUGUUCACCAAAAGCCCAAAACAGGGCAGAGAAGUUCCUGUCUGUAAGCACCAGAAACAAAAUAAAGUGCAUUAUGGUUUCAUAUUCUUUUCGUGUCGCCAGCAGAAUUAACUGCCCAUCGUCAUUACCCUGUGUGCUGCCUGUAGGUUUCCUGUUGUAAAGAUUUCUUAUUUAUUUGGACAGCAGAGGACGCUAGCUGCUGUGCUGCAGCUGUUCCACCUCUGCUGCUCAGACAUCAUGACGUUCAGCCUAAUGUUAGUUUUAAACACCUGUAAGAACAGUUUGUGUGAAUAAUGUGUAUAUGCAGUACGUGAGUGUGGAUGUGUGCGUGUUUGUUAUUAGCUGCCCUCCAGCCCAGACCUCAGCAGGAGCCGAGAGAAGACUGUGCUGUAAACUCUGCUGUAUAGAAAAUGCUCAUUCCCUCCACGUGCUUUAUUUCAUGUUUUAUUAUUUUCAGCUUUAAAUCAUAGUGGAUGUGCCGUAAGUCAGAGUAAGUAAGUAAGAUAAUGAAAGAAAGAAAAAGCAGGUAUUUACAAAUCGAUCAAAAUUACGUAAAAGUAUCAAACAUGAAAUAAAUGUUUGCGGAAGUAUUUACUCAGUAAGCUCUGUCGAGCUGUGUGGGAACUAUAAGCAUUGCAACAAUUAAGGUUUACCACAAACUUGGGAUGGAUUUUUUUUAAUUUGGGCUGUGGGACCUGAAGUCAUCUGACAGGGCAGUCUUACUCUGCUGUGGUUCAGUCUCUUUCCUGCCCUCCGGCAAACAUUUUGAAGUCGUGAGUUCUCUGAGCAGCCAUAAAGCAGCGGCUGGGGAAGCACCAGUUGUUCCUCCCAUCAUGUACUGUCCACAGGCUUCUUGGUGGCUUCCAUCUAAGUGCCCUUUUUACACAGUUGUUCUCGGCAGAUUUCGAGUUUGGCCAUUUUCUUUAUGAUGGAUCUUAAUACUCUUAACAGUCAUUUAGUGGACGUUUUCUUGCAUCUUUCCCUCACAGAUUUGUUUUGAAUGUGAUUUGUUCAGAAAACUGACAAGCUGUUGGACCUUUCCAACAAUUACAAAUGAUCAGUUUUUGACGUAUUACACAAACACUUGAGUGCAGCCAUGAUGGGUGAAUACUUAUGCAAUUAAUUAUUUGCUGUUUUAUAUUUCUAGCUAUUUUGUACACGUUUGUGAGGAGACCUUUUUUUGAUGAUCUCUGUAGAAACAGUGAUUCAGUGUUGUCAAACAAAGUGUAAAAGUCUCUUCCUUAUCUGUUACAUUUAACUGAUUUUGCAUCUCUGAAACUCUUAAUAAAUACGUUCUGCUA